AUGGGUAAGCGAAGAGGUAACAGAACUGAACCGUUAAUACCAAAAAGCCUCAAGGCGAAUAUAACUUCGAAAAUGCGCGAAGAGAAAGAUGCUGAAGAAAUUUUCGAGAAUGCAUUUGUGUCGAAAGAUGACAAUGAGAUUAGCAAAAAUAAAUCGACAGUAAAAAAUGAAGCAAAAAUUGAGCGUCAACAAAGGGAUAUUUCAUUCACGGAUUUGGAUGAUCAGCACACCUUCGAUACGGAUGUAAUCAACACGUAUUCACAAAGUUCCGGAACGAUUUCGUACGAUUCAAGGAAUUCCUCUCGACUGGACAUUGCAGACGAGGACAGGGUGAUAAGAUACGAUAGAAAACAAGAACCACUCAGAGGGCAAUUGGAAAAAGUGUUCGAUGAAGUUCAAAAACCUGAAUUGCGCAUCGUAAAUGAUAUCCAAAUGACUAAAAUGAUCAGUGGGAAAUUUCUGAAUAUUCAAUCGAAGCAGAUUGUACCUGAUGAGAAUAUCUAUGCAAAUUAUGAAAUAGAACAAUCGAAAAAAGUUAGUUUCACUUCAUUCAGUUAG